UUGCAGGUAUUAUGGCAGGACGCAAAGUGUUCGAUUUCAUCAAAAUCACUGGCCAGCUCCCCAAGGCAGUCCGUGCUGAUUUCGGUGGUUUACGUUCAAAGUUUGAAUCUUCUCAUGCAUCAGUGACUGCUUUGCCAAGUGCUCUGGUGGAUAUUGACUGGAGUUACUAUUCCUCUCGAGUUGCUGAUCCUGCUCUAGUUGAAGAUUUUAAAGCUAAAUAUGCUGCUGUGACCAUCCCUAAGCCAGAGGAUACACAGUCCGCUGGUAUUGGAGCUGCUGAAGCCAACUUCAAGAAGGAAAUGGCUGAAUAUUUGGCAGGAGCUGAGACACGCAUUGCUAAGUUCGAGGCAAGUCUUGCUGGUCUUCACGCAGAGAAACCAUUAGAAGACAUGACAGUUUCGGAGUAUCUGGCAGACAAACCUGAGCUUAGAGCAAGGAUUGAAGCCGAUAUUGAAUCUAGGGCUUUGUAGAGUACCUGUUAAUUCAUGGAACUAAGUAAAAAAAACUGAUAUACAAAUAUUAAUGAUUUGAGAAAGGUUUAUACAGUUCAUGACUCCUAAUUUAUUCAAGUUUUUGAAGUUACAAAUUGUUCUAAUUUCUAUAAAGGUUCGA